AUGGCCUCUUCAAGCGAAAACAAGGAAGCGCCGAUGGAAGUCGAAGAAACGUCGAGCCAGGCAGUCAAGAAGCGCUUCGAGGUUAGUUUCUCUCUUAAAUUUAUGCUUUUUUAUUGGAAGAUUCAAUUUUCAGGUCAAGAAGUGGAGUGCCGUCGCUUUGUGGGCCUGGGAUAUACAGGUGGACAACUGCGCCAUCUGCCGCAACCACAUCAUGGACCUGUGUAUCGAGUGCCAAGCAAAUCAGGCGUCCGGGCUCAAAGAAGACUGCAAUGUAGCCUGGGGCAACUGUAAUCACGCGUUCCACUUUCACUGCAUCUCGCGCUGGCUCAAGACGCGUCAGGUAAACGAGUUUCCAUUUCAAUGGAAAUAUAAGCAUUUUUGCAGGUGUGCCCACUAGACAACCGCGAGUGGGAGUUCCAAAAGUACGGACAUUAAGCGAUUCUCACUCCCGACGGCUAUCCUCUUCCCAAAAUGCGCUCCUUCGAAUUCAAUCCAAUCCACAUUUUAUACACUGUUCAUGGCUUCCCCCCACAUGUUUAUUUCAACCCUCACUCGUAAAAGUAAUCUCCCAUCACUCUUUUCGCAUUCUUCUUCGUCUUCGGCCAACUAAAUAUAAAUCAUGAACUGUGUGUUUAGGCUGUUUAGGUUCAGGUUGCGGCACCGCAACCAUUCGGAAGCUCCAGCCGUCGCCGCCGCCGCCGCCGCAACAGAGGGAUGGACUCUCGCGUAA